UCUGGGGCAACAACGCACCCAACAUUCUGUUGGGCCGCGUUGGGUUUUAUGCGUUGAAGUGCUAAAAGACUGAAACAUCUUUAUUUUUAUUUUUUAAAUUUAUUCGUGAGUAUAUAUUCUAAUUUCCUAGUUGAGUUGGUAGUACAAAUUUUCCUCCCAAAUUCUUCACGCUAGACUUUCAUUGUCCCUCGUGUAUCUUGUCAGCAUUCCGGCAGGUCUAUUGGAGACUCUCUGAAGUCUCUGAGUCUCAGAUCCAACCGGGGCCAUUUCAAGCAGUCCACCACCGAACAAGAGCUUAGAUCAGUCGUCGUUUUAAUUGGUUUUGUUUUUUUUUCUGCAAUUGGGGAAGUGCCAAAAAUGGCCGAGGGUGAGAAAUGGUGCGUGGUGACUGGAGGACGAGGCUUUGCAGCUCGGCAUUUGGUGGAGAUGCUCAUCAAGUACGACAUGUUCUCCGUAAGAAUCGCCGACUUGGGUCCCACCAUUGAUCUCGAACCUGCAGAGGAAGACGGAGUCCUCGGCAAAGCUCUCCGCUCUGGCCGUGCCCAGUAUGUGUCCGCCGAUCUCCGCCAAAAAGACCAAGUUCUUAAAGCAUGCCAAGGGGCUGAGGUGGUAUUUCACAUGGCCGCUCCGAAUUCAUCCAUUAACAAUUAUCAGCUGCAUCGUUCAGUCAAUGUGGAUGGAACGAAGAACGUUAUUGAUGCUUGCAUUGAACUAAAAGUAAAGAGACUUAUAUAUACCAGCUCUGCUAGUGUGAUCUUUGAUGGGGUUCAUGGAAUUGUCAAUGGGGAUGAGUCUGUGCCUUACCCAGAAAAGUACAAUGAUUAUUACUCAGCAACAAAAGCUGAAGGAGAGGCAUUAGUAAUCAAGUCAAAUGGUGUUAAUGGGCUUUUAACUUGCUGCUUACGCCCUAGCGGCAUAUUUGGACCUGGUGAUAGGUUACUGGUUCCAUCUGUAGUUACUAGUGCCAGGGCUGGGAAAUCAAAGUUCAUUAUUGGUGAUGGCAAUAACAUGUAUGAUUUCACUUAUGUUGAAAAUGUGGCGCAUGCCCAUGUAUGUGCCGAACGGGCUCUUGCAUCGGAAAGCAAGGUAGCUGAAAAAGCUGCAGGACAGGCGUAUUUUAUUACAAAUAUGGAGCCUAUCAAAUUUUGGGAGUUUAUGUCGCUUAUUCUGGGCGGUCUUGGCUAUGAAAGGCCUAGAAUAAAGAUUCCUGCCUUUGUUAUGAUGCCAAUUGCUCAUGUGGUUGAGUGGACAUAUAAGCUGUUUGGCCCAUAUGGGAUGAAGGUUCCUCAAUUGACACCUUCUAGAAUUAGACUUCUGUCUUGCUGUAGAACUUUUAAUUGUUCAAAAGCAAACGAUCAACUUGGCUACACACCUAUCCUACCACUCCAGGAAGGUAUUAAGAGGACGAUUGAGUCAUUUUCACACUUGAGGGCUGAACUUCAACCUAAAAGACAAGGACCUUCUAAAGCUUCCAUGUAUCUUGGAAGUGGAAGGGUUGCUGACACAUUGCUCUGGAAGGAUAAAAAACAGACAUUCAUUGCAUUGCUAGUUCUGGUUGCCAUCUACUACAACUUCAUUGCACCUGGAUUUACCAUCAUUACUGCACUUUCUAAGCUUCUCUUGGCGACAAUAAUAUUCUUGUUCAUCCAUGCCAUCUUACCAGGAAAGAUAUUAGGAUUCACAGUUGAAAAACUUUCCUGGUCACAUUUCCACUUAUCAGAAGAGAUGUCCCAAAGAGUUGCCAUGUCGGUAGCUUCAUCUUGGAAUACUGCUGUUCAUAUUUUAAAAUCUCUUGCCAAGGGAAAUGACUGGAUACUUUUCAUCAAGGUUGCUUUCUCUCUGUUGAUUGUUAGCUUCAUUGGAGCUGUUUCACUUCAGAGCAUAUUCGUCGUAGGACUUCCAAUUGCCUUUCUAGCUUUCUAUGUCUAUGAGAAAAAGGAAGAAGCAAUUGAUGCUAUGCUUGUAGAAACUGUCUCACGUGGAUGCAAAUUGAAAUCUGAUAUUGUUGGAAAAUUUUGUAAAUCCAAUAAGAUUGAGUAAAACGCCUGUAGUCCAAUACCUUUUACAGAGAUUGUUCAUUCAUCUGUUGUUUCUUUUCAUAUUCGGAGCUCUUUGCAUUGACAGAAUUGAUGGUUUGAAAGUGUAGGCAUCAGAAAGUAGCUGCUGUAUUUGGUUUUGACCGAAUUUGUUGGAUUCCAUAGAGAAGAUAAAGCUGCUAAAUACCUUGCAUUA